AUGUCUUCGGGAAUAGGCCUCUUUGUUCUACCAGAUGACUCCUCCUCCACCUUGCUCAGCAUCCAACUUUUCCUCUUUCUCGCUAUCUUAACCGCUGUUUUCAGAUUCUGGCUAGUCCCGGGUGGUCUUGCAUGGGCUCUUUCCAAAGCAAAAACCGGUGCCCCCAUUCCCGGACCAUCUGGAUUUCCCCUUAUCGGACUCAUUUUCACUUUCAUGAGUUCUUUGACUCAUAGAAAACUUGCAAACCUUUCUCAGACCUUAAAGGCAGUUCCACUAAUGGCCUUUUCGGUUGGGUUCACCCGUUUCGUUAUUUCAAGUGAUCCGGGUUCGGCUAAGGACAUUCUCAGUAGUUCUGCCUUCGCUGAUCGUCCCAUUAAGGAAUCCGCUUACGAGCUCUUGUUUAAUCGGGCAAUGGGAUUUGCUCCCUUUGGAGAAUACUGGAGAGAGCUAAGAAGGAUUUCAGCUACUUACAUGUUUUGCCCGAAGAAAAUAGCUUGUGCUGAAGGAUUCCGUAAGAACAUCUGUCAUCAGAUGAUCACACAAGUAAGAACACAAAUGGAUCUAAAAGGGGAUGUUGAGAUCAAGCAAGUUCUUCACUAUGGUUCAUUGAAUAACAUGAUGAUGACUGUUUUUGGAAAGUAUUAUGAUUUUGGUGAAAAUGGGGACGGUUUGGAAUUAGAGGGAUUUGUUAGUGAAGGAUACAAAUUACUAGGGACAUUCAAUUGGAGCGAUCAUUUCCCGAUUCUAGGCUGGCUUGAUGUUCAAGGUGUGAGAAGGAGAAGUAGGAAACUAGUCUCUAAAGUGGAUGGGUUUGUUAGAAAGAUCAUAGACGAUCACAGCAUGGUUACUGAUCAGGACAAUAAUCAUGGAUACUUUGUUGAUGUUCUUCUUGAUCUUGAGAGAGAGAACAAGAUCACCCGAUCUGAUAUGGUCGUUGUUCUAUGGUUGGCUGUGAUUGUAUCUGUGGCUGUAAUGAUAAUUGUGUAUGUGUUAAAUGGAUGUGGUUUUGCAUACGAUAAUCAGGGACAUCUGGUGAGAGGAAAGCUUUUAGUAGUUGAAUGCGGUCUUGGUUGUCGAUGUCCUCCAAGUUGCAGAAAUCGCGUAUCUCAAAAAGGAUUGAGAUACAUGUUUGAAGUUUUCAGGUCUAUUGAAACGGGCUGGGGUGUUAAGUCACUGGAUCUGAUUCAAGUCGGGUCUUUUAUAUGCGAAUAUGUUGGAAUCGUUCUCACAAAGAGGCAAAGCCCAGAUAUUCUCAAUGAAUGGAGGAGAUAA